GAUUUGCUCUUUGGGUGGACUGGCGUGUUUUAUCCUCUGUGUCAUGAAGUGAAGACACUCGGCUGCUUUCGGUGGUUCGUUUGUUGGAUUUCAAGGACAAAUCCCACAUUUAUAGCUGUGUUUAUUUCGACAGGAGCUACAAAUACACCCUGAGAAAAAAAAUAAAUAAAACUCAGUGUCAAACUCAAGAGGACAUGGUUUUUUAAUAUCGAUUUGUUUUCUUUCCUUCACUAAGAUGGAGCGUUUAACCGCGGAAACAGUGGGUAAACUUUCACAACGGUGUCCUGGUGGAGAUUUGAAACAUAAAACUGUUUUCUGAAUCGUUUCUGGAUCAUUUCUGACAGGCUUCUCGUAUGGAGCUGGCCAGAUAACAGACAGUUAGCCGGCUAGCUAACUAGCUUGCAAUGCUAACUGUUCGACUUUCGGAUGGAAUGGAUAUAAAUGUUAGUCAAGAUAACACGAAAAGAGAAAUAUUUAUGUUUUUAUACGUUUAAAUGACGUUUGAGUGAUUUUUUUUUUGCCUCAAACCCGCUUUAAUACAGAGCUUCUAAUCGUUGCAGCUGUUCAUUCAUAUAUAACGUUCCUGUGGAUUAAAGCCGCUAUAAGAAACUUUUCCGGUCCGGCAACAAAUAAGACCUUUUUAGAGCUGAAACAACUUCUGUGGACUGUUAAACAAUGGGUUCGUUAAAAGCCCUGCAGGAGUGGUGUCGAGUGCAGUGUGUGGGAUAUAAUGAUGUGGACAUUAAGAACAUGUCAGCGUCCUUCAGAGAUGGACUGGCUUUCUGUGCCAUCAUACACAAAUACAGGCCUGAUUUAAUAGACUUUGACUCCCUUUCCAAAGAAAAUGUCUACGAGAACAACCGCUUGGCAUUUGAAGUGGCGGAGACGGAGCUGGGGAUCCCGGCCCUGCUGGAUGCAGACGACAUGGUGUCUAUGAAAGUGCCUGACCGUCUCAGCAUCAUCACCUACGUGUCGCAGUACUACAACUUUUUCACCAACAAAUCUCAUGCUAAUCCUCCAUGUAUGAAGAGACCGGGCAGUUCGUGUCAUAUUGAACCAGCAAUAAAAAAAUCUCCCGCACCCCUCGAAGACAAAACCGCAGCAUCUGAGGCGAAUGCAGACAGCCAAUCAAAACGCAGCAGUCUGAGCAGUACGUGUGCUGCCUGCGAGAAACAUGUUCAUCUGGUGCAGAGGUUCCUCGUCGAUGGUAAACUCUACCACCGCAACUGUUUCAGGUGUAUGGAAUGUAGCAGUACUUUAUUGCCUGGCUCUUAUAAACAUGUCGGAGAUGCUGGAUCUCUGGUCUGCACACACCACUACACCAGGAUGUCGUCAAACAGCCAGAACGGCCGUCCGGAUUUGAGCAAGCAGCUUAGCAAGCCGCUAUCAUCCAGCUCCAGCCCUGAAUCCACUCCAAGUGGGGGAGGUUUGGACAAAGCAUCGCCAGAGCAUUCAGAUGCCAAGGAAUACAUCACUCCAUCUGAUAACUUGCCCAGAACACACUCUCUGGAUAGAGAGACCAGGAACGAUGAAAAGGGAGUGAAAGAGAUAAGAGAGGAAUUUAAGGAUGGUGUGAAAGUACAGAUAGAACCCUGCCCUCCAAGUCCCCCAAAUCCUUUUGAAUCUGACGAAGAAGAAUUAAAGGAGGAAGAGCAGCCAAAGCCAGCUACUGAUGUCACUAACGGACUCCUUCCUGUGGCCUCAAAAAAGAGCACCGCUGGAGAGAAUCGACCAGUUCCUGCCCCUAGAAAAGUGUCUGAUUCGUCCCCUAGUGUGCGUCCUGUGCCCAGGCCACGACCAAGACCCUUGCAGAGUUCAGCGAGUGUCAGUGAAAAUGAAGGUUCUCGCAGACCAGUUCCACGUGAAAGGUCCCAGUCACCUGCAAGCUCCAUUCAGUCCAGUGACACUACCAAACCCAAAGACCCUCCCUGGUUGGCUCUUGUCAAACAAGAGUCCAAGAAAAAGGUGGCUCCUCCCCCUCCUAGAGCUGUAGCCACUCCUCCUCACUCUACGUGCACUUCUGCCAAGAUCGAGGAGGAACCUCGUCCAGCCACGCCCCCUAACCCCUUUGAAGAUGACGACAACGCGGAGGCAGAGCCCGAAUCCGCAGAAGCGUCAGUCCCAUCUUCUGUGGUUGCCGUCCAUCCGUGGUACGGGAUUUCACAGAAUGCUGAAGGCAACACUGAGAACCCCGUCCACUCCGUGAGUCCAGGAAGUUGCGGCAGCAAAAAACGGCCAGCGCCCAGAGCCCCAAAAUCUGUCCCUACAGCUCUUCCUUCCUCUCAGUCUUCCUCUGCCUGUCCCUCUCCAGCACUGAGCACCGAGAGCCUGUCCUCCUCUUCAUCAGACCACGGUUUCUCCCGAACCGCCGCCACGGCUUCUGCAUCCCCACGGCCGUCCGUUACCGAACAGGAACAUCCGUUCACCAAAAGCGUGUCAGAACCGUCAAUCAGCAGUCCUGGCUCCUCCCCCUCAGCUCCUUCAUCUGAACCUAUGUCGCAUCUCUCACCUAGUCCCUCUCCCUCACAGCCUUACAGUAACACUUGCUCAGCACCAGCCACACCUGAGACAAACAGGAGCGCAGGAAGCAAAGCGAUGAGACCUCCCCCUCCACGUCCACCAGCCGCUCCAAGUCCUCUGGUAAACUCGCCAACCUCACAGCAAAACACGCCCAAUAAGCGAGUAAAUCCUUUUAAUAGGAAGGCUUCCCCAACAGUCACCUCCCCACAGUCCAGACCCCCUAAAGGCCCUCGACCUGCUCGCCCUCCAGCCCCCGGACACGGCUUUCCUCUCAUCAAACGCAAGGUACAGUCAGAUCAGUACAUCCCUGUCGAGGACAUACACGUCGAGAUGGGGACACUUGAAAGGCAUUUGGAUGAGCUGGAGCAGAGAGGAGUGGAGCUGGAGCAGAGACUCAGACAAUGCUCUAAUGAGGAAGAGGAGGAGCGGCUGCUGGUGGACUGGUUCACUCUGAUUCACGAGAAACAUCUACUGGUACGCCGAGAGGCAGAGCUGGUGUACACGGUAAAGCAGCAGCAUUUGGAAGAAAGGCAAGCUGACGUGGAAUACGAGCUUAGGUGUCUCCUCAACAAACCAGAGAAAGAGUGGAACGAUGAGGAUCGAGACCGGGAGAAGCAGCUGAUGGAGGAAUUGGUGACCACCAUCGAGCAGAGGAACCAGAUCAUCAACAGCAUGGAUCAGGACAGACAGAGGGAAGAGGAGGAGGAUAAGCUAGUGGCUGCCAUGUUAAAGAAAAAAGACUUCCAUGGAGAGGGUGAACACAGGAAGAAGCCCGGGAAGUUUAAACCCAUGAAGGUGCUGAAAAGGCUGAGCCAUAAAGGUGACGUCGCAAAGAGCCCAAGUCCACGGAAAGAAAAAAGCUGAGCACGAGAUAUGGACGGACACACGCGCUUAAAUAUAAGGCUAAAUCAUGUUCAUCCUGGACUCUGUGAUGAGUAAAAAGAAGACACCAAAUUGUCUGGGUGCAAACUGAGCAGUUCUCAUUAGAGCUUACCUUUGUACAUCAGUGCAGUGUCAGCGCCAACAAUGGCUUUUACCCCAUACAUUUUCAUUGCUAAAUACAAAUCUGAAGCAAAUGUCAUUUCUCACGAACGGUCGAUCAGCCCAAGACGUGCUUUAGUGUUUGCCGUUUCUAUUUUCUGAGUUUUGCACUGGAACAUGAGUGCGGAGGCCUGUAAAGAUCCUGGUGACAAUUUCUGCUGUAUUUAGUUCUGAAAACUACAGAUUUGCCUCAACUUUAGAAUCUAUUUGUUUUGCAUGCAUUUGAAUCGCAAGUAGUUCCUACCCUGAUGUUCCUGAAUUCCCAUCACAGCACCACAAAGAAGUCUCUUUAAGAUUAGAACAUUUUGUCAUUUUGCUGAAAAGGAAAAGCCAGAAUUAUUAGAAUCAGGUAUGAAAGGUUUUGUUUGCUCAAUCAUGCAUUUUAGAUACUUAACUAAAAUCUCCUGGUGUGUUGUGGUGCUGUGUAAAGUGUAUUCAUGCGUUUUAAGACGUCUUGUAUAGUGCUUUUAUAACAAAGGACUUUGUCUCAGAGCAGCUUUACUGAACAGAACAUUUUUCUGUAGAUCUAUUUGCAGUUCUCUUUAAUGAGCAAGCACGAGGUGACGGUUGCAAAGAAAAAACUCUCUUAGAUGGUAUCAAGAAGCCUUGAGAGAAAUCAGACUCGAAUGGGAACCCAUCUUCAGAGAGAGUGAUUAUAGAUGUAUAAACAAACGUCUUAUAUGGCCAAUUGGAGCCGUGUAACCAGGAGCUCCUGAGUGACUCGUAAAUGAACUCAUCGUCUGAGUUCGUUAUAGACUCGACACCGACUCUUCUCUACCGAAGCCUGCGAAUGGCUCAACGAUCGAGAUACAGCAUAUGUAGAAAAAUAUUUUGCCUAUUGAUUAAAUAGUUGUUCUCCUCAAAGUUCUCAUGGGGUUGGCAGCUUCUAAACGUACGAGGUGAUGUAUUAACAGGUGGCUGAGCAAAACCUGCAGGCUUUUAAAAACAAAUAUUUAUACAUGAACAGUCUGGUGCUAGAGAGUGAGACAGACGGUUACUAACAUAUCUAAUGCAACACUCAUUCAAAGCUAUUUCCUAUAAUUCAAUGCACUUUCUCUGUAGGAACACGAUUUAAAUGUAUCUGGGUUGGAACAGACGGAUGAAACUUAACUGGGUUCAGUUGAGGUCAUGUGACUACAAUGAGCAUCGCAUCACAUACCAGCAUCACUGAGAUUGCUCAGCAUUUUUACAAAGCCAUGGAAAUGCUACCUUUUACAGUGCCAUGUUUAAUCCUUGCCUUUUUGAGUCUUAACGUAAGGUUCGGUUUUAGUUUUCAAUGUCUGUCUGACUCUUGUUUAUGUAUUUAUAAAGUCAGUCUUGAUGUAGAACAC